AGAUUGUUUCAGUUUCUGUGUAUACUGUUGUAAAUAAAACAUAGAAUACGUAGGAAACUCAGAACUCACAAGGAAACAUGCCCGUGUUACGGAAAGCUUUAGUGGCAGUUGUAAUGGUCCUAAUUUUUUCUAUAUUCCUUUCUAAUCUUGUUAGUGUCAUAACUGUAGAUAUUGACCAAGUUCUCGAAAACAACAAAUUCUCAUUCAAGUCCAGGCGGCUGAAAGACAAGGAAAGAGGUGGCACGGAUACUGACACUGUAAUAAUAGGGAACUCGUCCGAAAAUUUGAUGUGGUUUUUGCAGGUGUCAGACAUACACAUUAGUAUUUUCCACGAUGAGACGCGGGUCACGGAAUUUAAAGAGUUUUGUGAUAUUACAGUUGAUGCCAUUAGGCCAUCAGUUGUAUUGGCAUCAGGUGAUCUAACAGAUGCCAAAUCGGAAGACAACAUGGGAUCACGCCAGUAUGUAAAGGAAUGGAUGGUAUACAAAAAUGUUUUAGAUGAAACUAAAAUAAACGAAAAGACGGUGUGGUUAGAUAUCAGAGGCAAUCAUGAUAAUUUUAAUGUCCCAGGCAUACAGUCAGCUAGAAAUUACUAUCGGAACUAUUCAGUACAAGGACCAGCACACCCAAAGUCUUACUUAUACCGACUGAGGCACAACGGAGAGACAUAUUCAUUUAUUGCAAUGGAUGCAUGCCUCGAUCCUGGUCCCCGACGUCCUUUCAACUUCAUCGGUGUGCUGUCUGCCGAGGAGAUAUCACAUGUUAAGGGUUUGGCAGAGGAAGCAUCCGCUACUAGUGAUGCGGUGAUAUGGUUUGGUCACUAUCCAACAUCCUGCAUUUUAGCACCAUCGCCAGGUGCACGAGCAUUGAUUGGUGGACCACCUCAAUCUGUGGCGUACCUCUGUGGUCAUUUCCAUAUGUUGGGAGGUGUUGUUCCAAAUAUGUACACAAUACAAAAUGAUGGCUUUCUAGAACUUGAACUAGCUGACUGGAAAGAUAAUCGCAUAUAUCGUUUAGGUGUUAUGGAUCAUGGGUUGUUUUCUUUUGUUGAUGUUGUGCAUCGAGACUGGCCUGUUGUGUUGGUUACCAAUCCAAAACAUCUCUUAUACACACUACCAGGAAGAGAACCAUUAGAAAGGAUACACACUUCAACACAUAUAAGAGUAUUAGCAUUUUCUUUGGCACCUGUUGAAAAAGUACAAGUUACAUUGGACAAGGAAAUUUGGCAAGACUGUGUACACAUAGAGGGCCCAUUGUUUGUUGCCAACUGGAGUCCUGACAAAUUUAACUCUGGAAUAUAUGAGAUAACAGUUUUCGUUAGAGACACAGAAGGAAGAGAAAAAGUGAUAACUCAGCCAUUCUCAUUGGAUGGGUCCCGCAUCAGUUUCAGACUUCUUCCAAGAAUAGCAUUAAUGUGCAAUGUCAGUGUUGUGUUUCAGUUCUUGUUUGGAGUCAGCCUAGUGAUUUGUAUUGUUCCCCUCUGCGCUGCGAAAAUCUUACAUGUUCUAGUCAAAGCUCGCAGAAUGCGUAAACCCACAUGGAAUGCAUGGUGUUUGCGUAUAUGGGUACAGAAGUUAUGGGUUUUAUCGACUGUAGACCGAAUAUUCUAUCCUUUGGUGAUUUAUCCUCUGUAUUUAACUGUUGUAGGUCCGUGGUCAGUGGGUGAAGUGAUAGAAGGCUACACUGGCGUAAUUUUUGCAUGGGGUAUAUUCAUCAAUAAGAGCUAUCUCCCUGGCUCUUUCACUUACGCUUAUGGAUUUUUGCAGAUGUGUAGUUUUCAGCUUCCACUUACCCUCUUCCUUGCACAUUAUCUGGAAAGAAGGCUUUAUCAUAAAGUCACAAACAAAUCGUGCACAAUAAUGCAUACAUUUCUUCAUCAUUUCCCAUUUGCUGUGAUAGUGACAUUGCAGAUGAUGUUUGCAUAUUUCUUUUGGCUUGCCUAUGGAACAAUGGCUUUUCUCUUGGGCCCUUUACGUACUUGGUCCGUGAUUUUGGCUCUAAUUUUGUGGUGUUUAGCUGUAAAACUUCCAGACAACUGUCUAAGGGAAGCUGCUUCAGUGUGGAAUAUAAGAAAUCUUCAUAGUGGAGUUGGGGAAAUAAGUGCUACCUGAAGUUAGUUACUACUUGUACUGCAUGCAAAUGUACCUGUUCACUCCAAAAUGUUUAAUUUAUUCCUCCAUGUAGACUUCUGACUGUGAUUGUUAAGCUUUUAGUGAGUAUACAGUAGAUGCAUUUUAAAGAGUUCCUUUAUAGUAAUUGUUUAAAAGAAAUAAGUUACUUUUAUAUAUCUGUAUCCAUUCCCGUGUUGUACAAGUAGUUUAUAUCCACUAUAGAUGCUCUGUGUACUUCCAAAGAAUAGCAUUUAAAGAAAGAAUGUAUUUUUGUAUUUUUAUUAAUUUUUUUCCUGCAUGUUGUGGAUAAUGAAAUAUUUUCUAACAAAAUAAUGAAAUAUGUAUUACUAUAUUUAUAAAGUGAUUCCAUUCCUACUUGUGCCAAACAUUUAUUGCUAUUCUGUCUUACUGCGCGAAGUACUGAACAUAUAAAGUCUAUUUUGUUUGACAACUUGUUGGACCACAUUUCAAAUGUACUCUUCUUGUAGAAAACUGUUUGUAUCCCUAAAUAAUAUCUAACUAUGUACCUUAAAUUGGUGACAUUUGUUCAUUUGCAUAAGACAGUUGAUCAAUCAGCAGAUCAUGUAUUGCAAUGGAAGACAUCACCAGUUACAUUAGUUGAAGUAGAAAGGAUAGAUAUUACAACAUUAAAUAGAAGAAUUUUGAUUUUUAAUAAUUUAGUGGGAUUGUAUCUGUCUUGUAUAUCCUUAUCUAACAUUAACCUAUAUUUAUGUCAUCUGCUUUGUGCAUUCACUUAAAUGUACUUGUUUGUUUUUAUGUAACUAUCAUUCAUUGUAUUCUGGUUACUCUAAUAACAGAACUCUUUUGAGUGAUUUUUGAGGUGUUCCAUGGUAUAAUUAAUAGACAAUAUUUUUCUUGAUGUCAAGCCAGGUUGACAAUACCAUUAUUGUGCAAUCUGAUCAGAGGUCAAACAGAGGGUGUGUGUAAGACCAUAGUCAGAAACACCUUUCAAAGAUUAUUAGGUAAUCCGUUUUAUUAUGCACAAAAAUGGAGUCUCAACCUGGCUGAGCAUCCAAAAAUAUACCUUCUGCAAACAACUACACUGUCUUAACUGAGUUUUUAGGUUUCUCCAUCUAACUAUUUGUUAUUGUGUUUUCCAUACUGCAAAUUACAUGAACACAGCAGACAGGUAUGUCAGUGAAAUAUUAACUUUUUGUGUGUACACCAUGACUUCGGUCAGAGAACUGUCUUCAGUUGUAAAUUGUUUAAGAAAUUUGAACAAAUGCUACUGCUGUUCAUAAUUGUGAAACUGAUGGUAGUUGUACUUAUCUGUGAUGAAACUGUUGUGCUUUCAAUGUAUGUUAUUAGUCAUAAGUAUAUGAAAUCAGAUUUUACAUGUAAUCCAAGUACAUUUGAAGAUAAAAUCCUGAGAACUGUAUCAGUAUUGUAGACAGUGAAAUGAGUGCCUGUGCAUCUUAUCUCAUGACACGUGCGGUAAUUGUGCUUUUACUGAGAGCAUGUAUUGUAGCUGUACGUAACUUCUGUUUGUAAUUCAUCAUAUUUUGUCUGUUUCCAUAUACUGAAUGUCAUUGAACUAAAAUGUUAUGUACAUGGGUGUUGGCUGGUAACAAUUAUAUAUGUAUAUAUUUUUGACAUUCUGGUCAUUUGUGCAACAUUCAUCUUAAACCAGUGGAAAUUCAGCAUAAUACUACAGAAGUUGUAAGGUGAUUAAUUUUGAAAUUAGUAACAGCAGGAGUCCUGACAUAUUUACAAGAAAUGUUCAUUCUUAGAAACAGGUGAGGGAAGGAAACUUCACUUUACAAUAUGCUUGAACAUGAGGGAGCCUGAUUGUGACUGUACUGAGUACUUAAGAUUUUUUAGCAAGUACCCAACAAUGCCAAACUACCAUCUUUUGCUCUAUUCCCUUCCUCUUUAUAUACUUCAUUGUUUAGUUCGUAUGUAGUAAACACGAGAAAAACUAUUAUUGAAUAACAGAUCAAAAAAUUAAAAGCUGUAGUAUCGAACAAUUUACUAAAUUACUUUGUCUUCAGUAAAAAUUCCCAGCCAUGUAUCUGUGUUGGAACAUCUACAUUCACACACUUAUGCAAGACACAGUUUUCAUGAACUUCCAGAUUUCAUAGUUUUAUGUUGGACAAAAGUCUUGGUAAUUUAUAAUUCAACCUAGCCCAUGUAACCUGUUGCUAACAUCUUGACUUGCUGUUGAAAGUUUAUCUUUGUUCCAAACAUCUUGGGGGAAAGUUUUCUCAAUAAGAACAAAAUUUGACUGUCCUGGCUGUGUUCUUUUAGCAUUUCCAAUCAUUUUGGUUACAUGGACUGUGAACCACUUUUGGCCAGUUUUAAAUUAUUAGAGCAUGAUUUCCAUUAGAAUUUUAUAUUUUAAAUGCUUGUCAGUUCUAAAAUAAGAUCUUUUUCACCAGCAUCGCGCUGUUGAAAAAUGACUGAAUACACCAACUUAUUGAAUAGUUCCCAUCAGCAUGUCACUGCCCUUGUGUAAUAGCUAAGUAACAUGUGUUAUUCAGCAAGUAAUAUUUACUGGUUUUGUCAAUUUUUCGAUCUAAUGGGACCAUUUUCACUAUCACUGUUGGUAGGGGGCUUUUUACUUGGCAAUGGGAGUACACAAGGGAUGGAAUGUCGCAUUGAUUGAAUGCAAGUCUAUCAGUGACCAAUUAAUACAGUGAAAUUCAACAUUAGACCUUUCAAGUUAAAUGCUAUACAUACAUAUGCAGCAACUUCAGCAGCUGGUGAUGAAGAGUUAGAAGAAUGUUAUAAAAAGUAAGUUACCAUAGUCCAAGGAGAUUUGAGUGCUAAGGUAGGGGAAUGAGACUUGUCAAAUGCAGUACUUGGUUGUCAUGGUUUGGACAAAAACAAAAUGAUCACAGAUAUCAAAUGAUUCAGGUCUGUCAGGAAAAUAGGUUUGUUAUUAUCAACACCUGCUUCCAACAUCAUCCACAAAGACUUUACUCCUGGAACUUACCAUUAUCAGAUUGACAAUUCUCUGACUGGGUUAAGAUGGAGAUCAUCCUUUAAAAACAUCAGGUCUCUUCAUGAUGCUGACUGUGGUUCUGACCAUCAGCUUCUAUAUCUUGAACUGAGAAUGAAACUGUUGGAAUGUAAAUGGUUCCCUCCAAAAGCAAAAGGCUGAAAUUGAAAUUUUUAGGAAUCAAGUCCACAAAAUACUUUUGACGGGUCAGUCAGUUAAUGUGACAUCCGCAGAAAAAUUGAAUUUCCUGAAGAAGACUUUAGUUAAAACAGUUGAGGAAUUAGUCAAGGAUACAAAAAAGUGAAGAAUAAAUGUAAUUGGCUUAUUAAUGAGACCACAUAAAUCAUUAAGGACAGAAAAGUAGUGAAGAUGAGAGAAUUACAGGGAACUCCACUGUGUGACAACUUAGCAGUGUUAAUACAGAGAAGUUACUGAAGAUACAAGAAUAAUUACAUGAGUGAAACAUGUGAUAGAACUGAGAAGUUCCAGGAUCGCUCUAAGACCAGGUGCAUGUUCAGUGAAAUAGAGAAACUAACAAGAUCCUUCAAACCAAGGACAUGGGUUGUAGAUUUUGAAGAUGGCACACACUGACUGAUAUAGAACUAGCUGCUCACCAGUGGAGAACAUACUACAUGAAUAAAAAUGGAAAACUUGGUAAUGAAUACACUCCAGUAGAGAAGGAACAUAAUAUCUUAGGAAAAGAAUAAAUCUGAAAACCUAUAGGUAAACUGAAAAACAAAAAAGCAUCUGGAUUGACCUUAUUAAUGCCAAAAUUAUCAAAGCAUCUGGAGAUCUGAGUUAGGAAAUCAUUGUGUGAUUUAUGUAACAGCAUGACUGGACCAUGUCAGUAAUGAUUCACUUUCAUAAGAAAGAAAACACAUAGCAUUGUGGGAACUACAGAACCAUGUCCUUGAUUCCACAUGCCAGCAAGAUUGAGCUGAAUGUCAUCCAUGAAUGCCUGAGAACCUACUAAGAUAAAUAAAUACCGCCAGAGCAAGCUGGGUUUGUGCAUAAAGAAAGAACACUAGAGCAGAUUCUCAAUGUGAGACAGCUAACUGAAAACGUAUAUAAUUCAGUACCACUUUAGUUCUUUGAUUCGUAGAGUGUAGCAAGACAUUUGACUGUUUCUGAUGGAAAUAGCGUACUAGGAGAAAUGGACUUUCCUUAUCAUCUUACCCUUAUCAGAAAUCUCUGUUCUGAUAUCAAGAGACUAAUCGACCUAGGUAAGAUUUUCAAGUCUCUUUGAGCCAUGUAAAGGAGUUCAACAGGCAUACAUUCUGUCACUAGUUAUAUUUAACUUCUGCUGAGAAUAUGUUAUGAGAAAAAGUCUUCAUGGUUGGACUGGUGGUAUCCAAAUUGGAGGGCAAAGAAUCGAAUUUAAGAUUUCUGUAGAAUCACAAGGGGAAAUGAAGGAACUACUAGAUAGAGCGAACACAGAAUAUGAGAAACUUGGAUUGUAAGUUAGUAAGAAAAAGGUCAAGCUCAUGAGUCAGUACCAGCUACUGAUGUAUUGUCGGUUUAUGAAGAAGUUGAUCAGUUUGUCUACCUGGGCUCGGUGGUUCUGAAAGAGAGCAGCACUACUCAGGAAAUAUGAUGUAGAAUUGUUCUUGGUUGGGAUGUUGCAUCAAAGCUGACAGUGACUUGGAAGGACUGAGCCACCAACCAGACACACUAAAUUAAGAGUGCUGAAAUCUGUAGUGUUUCCAGUUCUCUUUUAUGGUGCUGAAAUGUGGACAAUAACUGAAGAAGAAAUGAUGCUUUUGUGAUGUGGAAAUACAGAAGGCUGCUGAGAAUAUCACAGAUGGAUGACCAAACCAACAAAUCAGUCCCUCAAGAACUCGGGGAUCCUGCAGUUCUUUGGACACACAGUUUGGUAACGAGAGAAUAACUUGGGAAAGAUGGUCAUUCAAGGCAAAGUCAAAAGGAAAAUAUGGCGGGAAGACCACAUAGUUGAUGGAUGGACCAGUUAAAGGGGAAGGCAAACCAAACAUGGGCGAGCUACAAGAUCAGAAAGCAUGGAGACAGAUUGUUAAGAGGCUUUUGUGAUCGAUCAGCAGUGUUGAUGAUAAUGGACAAGAGUAAUGAACUUCACAGAAAUAGUUUUCUUCCUCAAAAGUGUGUUUUAAGUUUGGAUUUGUUUGUUCUUUUUUAUUCCAUACAGCUGACAUGAUAUUUCAUUUCAUAUCAUGCACUCCCUUUUCCAAUAUGUGACAUUGUUUUCAUUGUUAAGCAUUUGAAAAAUAUCCAUUGUUGAAAUAAUUUAUUAAUUAUCAUAUUCGAGUUCAAUGUCAUUGCAAAGUAGGUAUACUGCAUUACAAGUAAAGACCGCAUCCACAUUUCAAAACAUCUUUAUUUCAUUACCAGUUUUGGAAUAACAAUUUUGUUUUAGAUCAUUACGUGCAUCACCUGGAAGCAUGUAUCAGCUGGCAUAGUAGUGGUAAUAAUUAAUUAUGUAAUUUGUAUUGAUAUGUAUUAACUAUUACAAAUUUUUAUGUAUAAUUACAAUUGAUACACAUAAGGUUUUUUUUAAUUCCAAAACUGUCGUAAAAUACAGAUAUUUUGAAAUGUGACUGUGAUUGGUCCUAAUUUAGUAUAUGUACUCCAUAACUGUGUUGUUGCUACCUGUCGUCCACUUGUAGUCAGAGCUUAAUUGAAGGUAAUAUCAUUUGGACCAUUCUAACUUCUGACAGUUGUUGAAUUUACUACUUGGGAAAUGACUCUUUCUUUGUGACAGCAAAGUGAAAGUGAAUAAAAACACUAUGCAGAACUUAAGAGGAAUAUCUGCUUACUAAAUGUCAAAACUCUUUUGUCACUGUGUGUGUACGGGAAGGAGCAGAUAAAAAAUUGUCAGAAGUCAUGGAACAGAUGUAUGGACAUGGUUAAGAGGGAAAAGUUGCUCUACUUGAAAUUGAGAGGAGUGCAACUUGUAUUACUCCUAAAACACUGUUUGGCACUUCACAACAUUCACUUUUUUGCCCCUUUCUUGUUAUAAAAUAAGUUCUUUGAAAAUUGCAAAAAAAAUCCAAAAUAUUGGUUAUUUUGUGUGCGUUUAGGCUUUUCCUCACUUUCUCUCGUUUUGACAGCUGUCACUUGACAGUAUUUACUUUCAGUUUUUCCUCCUCAUUGUAAAUACAGUGUCCCAUAAUAAGAUUUUAAUUUUUGUCAAUUCAGUCAAACCAGACAGUUUGAAGUUGUCCACCUUAUUCACUGGUUUUGAGUCUUAAUUCCACAGUUAUUGCAUAUUUUCCUCAUAUUGUAAUUUACCACUAAAUUGUUGCCAUAUCGUAUGUUUUGCAAAUUUUGGGGAGUGGUACUUUUAACCAAUAUCUCCAUCUCCGAUUCUACGCAGAAUCGAACUCCUAUGUGUAAAACAGCUUCAGAUUAUGUUUAGUUUGAUAAGUUGCUAAGUACGCAUGUUAUCAAACACUGGAUGAGUACAGACUCUGGGCAAUUUGUGUUUCGUUUUAAGAAAAACUAAUUUUUUCUUGCAUCUCAAUUUUUAUGAUGUGUUAGCUCCUAAACCAUAUGGUGGUAUGUGUGGAAACUGCAAAAUGUUUUGUGAAUACUGUUAGUAGUAAAUAAGUAACAUAAUAAAACAACAUGUGUGAACAGUGAAAAUGUAGUAAGUGAUAAUAUUUUUAUUUUGUUUUUUGUUAAUAUAGAAAAAUUUCUUUGAAGUCACAAAGUGCUCUCACUAUCAAAUACUGGAUGAAUGUAGUGUGGGUGAUUUGCUCAUCGUGAGUUACACUGCCUUAAGAUAGAUGUGCAGUUUUUAGCUUUAGUACUUGAUUUAUCGUGUUAAACCUUUAAUGUAAGAUUAUACCUACUAAAGAGCAGAUUAUGACAGCAUUGAUCAAUUAUUACAUGACACAUGGAAAAUAAAAUUUUUGUUGCCUGGGGGAUCCAUUAAACCUACAACGGGGACUAGUGACCAUUUCAGUUGUUUAUUAAUAUAGAUGAUUGUUUUGUUUUGGAAUAAUGGAUUAAUCCAAAUAUAUCAAAUGUUAAUUUUAAA